AUGUAUUGUGUUUGUAACCUGGCAUCCACGCUGGAUUGUGUUUGUAACCUGGCAUCCACGCUGGAUUCUGUUUGUAACCUGGCAUCCACGAUGUAUUGUGUUUGUAACCUGGCACCUACGCUGGAUUCUGUUUGUAACCUGGCAUCCACGCUGGAUUGUGUUUGUAACCUGGCAUCCACGCUGGAUUGUGUUUGUAACCUGGCAUCCACGCUGGAUUGUGUUUGUAACCUGGCAUCUACGCUGGAUUGUGUUUGUAACCUGGCAUCCACGCUGGAUUCUGUUUGUAACCUGGCAUCCACGCUGGAUUCUGUUUGUAACCUGGCAUCCACGCUGGAUUGUGUUUGUAACCUGGCAUCCACGCUGGAUUGUGUUUGUAACCUGGCAUCCACGCUGGAUUCUGUUUGUAACCUGGCAUCCACGCUGGAUUCUGUUUGUAACCUGGCAUCCACGAUGUAUUGUGUUUGUAACCUGGCAUCCACGCUGGAUUGUGUUUGUAACCUGGCAUCCACGCUGGAUUCUGUUUGUAACCUGGCAUCCACGAUGUAUUGUGUUUGUAACCUGGCACCUACGCUGGAUUCUGUUUGUAACCUGGCAUCCACGCUGGAUUGUGUUUGUAACCUGGCAUCCACGCUGGAUUGUGUUUGUAACCUGGCAUCCACGCUGGAUUGUGUUUGUAACCUGGCAUCCACGCUGGAUUCUGUUUGUAACCUGGCAUCCACGCUGGAUUCUGUUUGUAACCUGGCAUCCACGCUGGAUUGUGUUUGUAACCUGGCAUCCAUGCUGGAUUGUGUUUGUAACCUGGCAUCCACGCUGGAUUCUGUUUGUAACCUGGCAUCCACGCUGGAUUCUGUUUGUAACCUGGCAUCCACGCUGGAUUGUGUUUGUAACCUGGCAUCUACGCUGGAUUGUGUUUGUAACCUGGCAUCUACGCUGGAUUAUGUUUGUAACCUGGCAUCCACGCUGGAUUGUGUUUGUAACCUGGCAUCUACGCUGGAUUGUGUUUGUAACCUGGCAUCCACGCUGGAUUGUGUUUGUAACCUGGCAUCUACGCUGGAUUGUGUUUGUAACCUGGCAUCCACGCUGGAUUCUGUUUGUAACCUGGCAUCCACGCUGGAUUCUGUUUGUAACCUGGCAUCCACGCUGGAUUCUGUUUGUAACCUGGCAUCCACGCUGGAUUCUGUUUGUAACCUGGCAUCCACGCUGGAUUGUGUUUGUAACCUGGCAACCACAGGCAACCGGAGCACAUGGAGGAAACCGGAGCACACGGAGGAAACCGGAGUGCAAGGAGGAAACCGGAGGACACGGAGGAAACCGCAGCACACGGAGGAAACCGGAGCACAAGGAGGAAACCGGUGCACAAGGAGGAAACCGCAGCACACGGAGGAAACCGGAGCACAAGGAGGAAACCGGAGCACACGGAGGAAACCGGAGCACACGGAGGAAACCGGAGCACACGGAGGAAACCGGAGCACACGGAGGAAACCGGAGGACACGGAGGAAACCGGAGGACACGGAGGAAACCGGAGGACACGGAGGAAACUGCAGCACACGGAGGAAACCAGUGCACAAGGAGGAAACCGGUGCACACGGAGGAAACCGCAGCACACGGAGGAAACCGGAGCACAAGGAGGAAACCGGAGCACACGGAGGAAACCGGUGCACAAGGAGGAAACCGGAGCACACGGAGGAAACCGCAGCACACGGAGGAAACCGGAGCACAAGGAGGAAACCGGAGCACACGGAGGAAACCGGUGCACAAGGAGGAAACCGCAGCACACGGAGGAAACCGGAGCACAAGGAGGAAACCAGAGCACACGGAGGAAACCAGAGCACACGGAGGAAACCGCAGCACACGGAGGAAACCGGAGCACACGGAGGAAACCGGAGCACAAGGAGGAAACCGGAGCACACGGAGGAAACCGGAGCACACGGAGGAAACCGGAGCACACGGAGGAAACCGGUGCACAAGGAGGAAACCGGAGCACACGGAGGAAACCGGAGUACAAGGAGGAAACCGGUGCACACGGAGGAAACCGCAGCACACGGAGGAAACCAGAGCACACGGAGGAAACCGCAGCACAAGGAGGAAACCGGAGCACAAGGAGGAAACCGGUGCACACGGAGGAAUUCGGAGCACACGGAGGAAACCGCAGCACAAGGAGGAAACCGGAGCACAAGGAGGAAACCGACACAUCCACGCUGGAUUGUGGUCGUAACCUGGCAUCCACGCUGGAUUUUGGUCGUAACCUGGCAUCCACGCUGGAUUGUGGUCGUAACCUGGCAUCCACGCUGGAUUGCGGCCGUAACCUGGCAUCCACGCUGGAUUGUGGUCGUAACCUGGCAUCCACGCUGGAUUGUGGUCGUAACCUGGCAUCCACGCUGGAUUGUGGUCGUAACCUGGCAUCCACGCUGGAUUGUGGUUGUAACCCUGGCAUCCACGCUGGAUUGUGGUCGUAA